GUUUUUAAUUUCAGGGUUGAGAAUAUAAUGUUUUUAUUAAGGACCAAAAUGGGAAUAUUCAGUAGCUAAGGGACUCGUCUGGUAUUUUACCCAAAUUCUUAAAUGGUAAAGUUUUAUCCACGUAAACCAACCAUAACUCUCUGCUUGACACAUUUCUUUUCUCUCUCUAAAAAUGGGAUGCUGUGGUGAAGAAGAGGAAGACAUCCUCCAACCACUUCAACAACAACAAACCCCAACCCUACACUCCUCAUCCUCUUCCAUGGCGUCGUCAAUUACCGGCGAUGACUCAUAUACCACCAUAUCUCCGAUGAAUUCCAAUUUUGCGGCUUUAAUUUGUAAAGAUAUCCUGCGUACGAUCUUCGAAAAGCUUCCGGUGGUAGAUCUAGCAAGGUCGGCGUGUGUAUGCAGGUUGUGGAGUUCAGUAGCUUCUGAUCGAGAUAUUCAGGUUAGGGCUUUCAAGGCGCCGUGGAAACUGAAGGGCGUGAUCGGGAAUCCUAGCUCCGGUAGCUUCUGGAGAGAUAAUAGACUUAGCCGUUUCGCUAUUUCACAUCGGUUGGUUCGCAGUGACACUGUUGCUAGCCUCGCUGUCAAGUACUCCGUUCAGGUUAUGGACAUUAAACGCUUGAACAACAUGAUGAGCGACCACGGGAUACACUCAAGGGACCGAUUGUUAAUCCCUUUUUGUAUCUGGAAGGUUGAUGAUGGUACUGCCCAGUACUACUUGUCUUUAUCAAAUGGUGAUCCCAGAGGUGCGGUCAUGGAGUUUUCUGAAGAUCUUAGGUGGGAGAGGGAGGCAAGAAAUAGCAAGAAAAUGGUUUGUGAUUUCUUUCAAGUGGAAACACUUGGAGUGGGACUACAGGCAGCUGAUUAUAUGUAUCAGUGAUUGCAUCUAGAUCUUGAUUCUGUUCGUAACCAAAUCUUAGCUACUCCAGGAGUUCUAAAUCUUGAUAAUGUGUUUGAGCAACUACUUCGUAUUUUACCACCAACAAACAUCACUACUGGUUCCAACAUUACUGUUUCUGCAAUUCUUGUUGCAUCUAAGGAGGGAGGCAACCGUGGUCGCGGGAAUAGAAACCGACCCCGAUGCAGUCAUUGCAAUAAGAUUGGCCAUAUAGUUGAUCGAUGCAUUCAACUUAAAUCACCUAAGAUAGCCAAUGUUGCACAUAAUGAGGGAACCUAA